AGCUGGAGCUCCAUUCUGGACUGAUUCCCUGGAACAAAGACAUGGCUGCUGCUGCUCUGCAGAUCACUGGACUGAUCCUUGGAGGCAUUGGUGUGGUUGGGACUUUUGCCAUUACUGGCAUGCCACAGUGGCGUGUAACCGCUUUCAUUGAAAACAACAUUGUGGUUUUUGAAACUAUCUGGGAAGGUCUCUGGAUGGACUGCAUAAGGCAAGCAGACAUCAGGAUGCAAUGCAAAGUCUAUGACUCCCUCUUGGCACUGUCUCCUGACCUGCAGGCUUCCCGAGGCCUGAUGUGUGCGGCUUCAGCCCUGGCAUUCCUUGCAUUUGCAAUAGCCGUUCUUGGCAUGAAAUGUACACAGUGUACAGGAAACGAUGACCGAAUAAAGGGCUACAUUUUGCUAGCAGGUGGCAUUGUUUUCAUCGUCGCUGGUCUCAUUGUGUUCAUCCCAGUGUCCUGGGUUGCCCAUAACAUCAUUCGAGACUUCUACAAUCCGGUUGUUACAGUAGCUCAGAAGCGAGAGCUUGGGGAGGCUCUUUACAUUGGUUGGACAUCUGCCUUUUGUCUUGUCGCUGGAGGAGCCAUUCUUUGUUGCUUCUGUCGUUGUAAUGAAAAAAGUGGAACAUACCGAUACUCAGUGCCUUCGCAACCAACAGCUUACCGCAGCCAUCAUGUGCAAAGAAGAUCUGACAGUGCAUAUUCUAAAAGUCAGUAUGUUUAGCUGUUUCUUCAUCUACUGGUCUCUCUAAGAACAGGAUGCUUUCAUCUCAAACUUGAAAUCUAACAAAGUCAGAAAAUACUUGCUAGUACAUCAUGCUGGCUAGAAUGAAAUCCAUGGAAUUAUCUUUGAAUUCUAAGACAAGCUUUUUAGUACAAAAUGAAGUCUUUGUAUGUUUUAGCACAAGAUGAGAAAAUCUAGCUGGAUCCUGUUUGGCAUUCUGAAUGUUUUAAAAGUAGUAUUGAAUAAGAUAUAUAUUAUGAUUAUAAUGAUUUUUAAAUAGCUUUGGAGGGAGGAGGAGGAGGCUUUAGCAAAAAAUUGUAAAAUUACUGAAAUCCAUUAUAUUGUAAAAUACUGCUUUAAUAUAUAAAAUGUAUCAUAGAAUUUGAGUGGGGGAAGAGUAAAGGGGAAAAGCUGUGUGAGGAGAAGCCUAAUCUAAAUCUUGAUUAUAUUAACCUAUGCCAUAAUUUUAAUGGAAGUAUUGUUUACAUGUGUACAGAAGGCUGAUAUUCUCAAGAGCUUUUUUUCGUUCAGUGUAUUUUUCAAAGACUCAAAGCAGGGCUUUUUUUCAGCUGGAACGCGGUGAAAUGGA